AUGCCGACUACCAUUUUGCCCUCUUCUGCUGCCGCCUUUACGCCCCGAGCGCGGCCCAUAGUAGUGCUGGAUAAAAGAAUCCCCUGGUUGAUAGAGAUUCUGAAGCAAGUGAGGCAGCCUCAGCAACCUUUGAACAGUCUCAAACAGCAAACCUGCUUUCUCAUUGAGAAACUGGAAUCGGAAAGCGCAAUAUGGUCCUUGUCCUCGGUGAUGUUGGAGAACACACUUGAGAUGAUUCACAUCGAAGCAUAUGUCCUGUAUGUUGACAUGGUCUCACAGAACGAGAUGGCCUUUAAGUUGACCGAAGAGACGAUCGAUGCCCUCACAAAACUCCAUGAAGAAUUUCAAACACUUGAUGCAGCUAAAUACAGCUUGAACUGGCCACAGAAGCAAGCUCAGUUGGUCAAAUUACACGACGAGUUUGUCGAAGCCAUCAACAAGUUCGUUUACCGGACUAACGUCAAAGCUCUAGAGAGGCUAGAGGAAGACGGCUCGGGAGAGCUACUAGAAGGUUGCAGCUUCGAUGUUGAAAAAAUUAUUCUCAACCUUUUGGUGCCAUUGAGACCUCCCCCGCUUGUGGUGCAUUUCUUGUACCCAGUAGUUCCUUGCCUCUAUGGAACUGAACAAGAUCUACAAAGAAAUGUCCACCUAUUUGAGGAAGAUCAGUGGUAUGCCGAAAGUUUGCCAAUAUCUUCCGUUGAUAACUCGUUUGGCACUGGCGCACCCGUCUCAGCGGUUGAACCAGUGUAUCAUGCGCCAUUGUAUAACUCAGUUACGGCAGCAAACGCGGAUUCUUUUGGUGGAAGCUUUUUUCCUUUUUUUGAGUCUUGA